AAAAAAAAAUACAGAGAAAUUGAAGGAUCCCAUUUCCCAACUACUACUCUCGUAGGUGCGCCAAGACUACAUUGGCGUUGAAAUCGUGUGCGCAAAUUCGUUGAGAGGUGUUUGUCUUGUUUCCAACCCAUUGCGUUGUCUUUUCCUUUCUCUUUAAUACAACAACAACAAAAAAAAACACCUCCACGUCCAAACGUGUGAACCAAAGACCCUCUUGCACUACUCAAACCUUCUCUCUUUCUCUCUCUCCAGAGAGAGAAAGAAAAAAAAUUCAUUACAAAGAAUUAUAGAAAGAAACAGAGAAAAUAAGAAACCGCAUUGCAGAAACUUUCGAUGAGAACGUCGUCGUUUCGGAGAUGCAGCACCGGCGAGUUUGAUUUGCCGGAAAAUUUUGAUGCCUCGUCGCCGGUGACCGGAGGACAUGCGUAUGGCGCCAUGCUGCCGGUGUUCCUCAACGACCUGAGGAGUAAUCAUCACAAGGAGCUUGUUGAGAUCACGCUGGAGCUCGAAAACGACGCCGUUGUGCUCUGCAACGUGGCGCCGGCGCCGUCUUCUGCUCCGAACGCUUCGCCGUCGUCGAGCACCGCCGGCGGUGACGGAAGCGGCGGAGGCGUGGCGCGGAGUCUUUCGAUUACGUCGAGGAUUCGGAGGAAGUUUCCGUGGCUGCGGUCGAUGUCGUCGGCGUCGGUGGAGAGUGCCGCCGCCAGCGUGGAGGAUCCGUUGGUGACGGCGCGAAACGCGCGGAAAAUGAGAGUGAAGCUUGAGCGGACGAGGUCGAGCGCGCAGGGAGCUUUGAAAGGUUUGAGAUUCAUCAGCAAGUCCGGCGAGGCCACGGAGGAGCUGUGUCGGAAGGUGGAAGAAAGGUUCAACGUGUUGGCCAAGGAUGGCUUACUCGCUCGUGAAGACUUUGGUGAAUGCAUAGGAAUGGAGGAUUCGAAGGAAUUUGCAGUGUGUAUAUUCGACGCAUUGGUUCGAAGGAAGGAAAGGAGAGUGAGCAGCAUAAACAGAGAAGAGUUGCAUGAGUUCUGGUUGCAAAUUUCAGAUCAGAGUUUUGAUGCUCGGCUUCAGAUUUUCUUUGACAUGGCAGACAGUAAUGAAGACGGAAGAAUUACUAGGGAAGAAGUACAAGAGCUCAUAAUGCUCAGUGCUUCCGCGAACAAGCUAUCGAAGCUAAAAGAACAAGCUGAAGGAUACGCCGCGUUAAUAAUGGAAGAAUUAGAUCCAGAAAAUCUGGGUUAUAUCGAGCUGUGGCAGCUAGAAAUGUUGUUACUAGAAAAGGAUAGGUACAUGAACUACAGCAGACAACUCAGCACCGCAAGUGUAAACUGGAGUCAAAAUAUGCCCGAUUUGAGGCCCAAAAAUGAGGUACAAAGAUUGUGCAGGACACUUCAAUGUCUUGCAUUAGAGUAUUGGAGAAGGGGCUGGAUUUUGUUACUAUGGUUGGUUACCACUGCUUGCCUAUUUGCCUGGAAAUUUUACCAGUAUAGAAACAGAUCAACUUUCCAAGUCAUGAGUUAUUGCAUACCAAUAGCUAAGGGUGCUGCAGAGACACUGAAGCUCAACAUGGCUCUCAUUCUCUUGCCAGUUUGUAGGAACACAUUGACAUGGCUUCGUUCCACAGGAGCCAGGAAAUUUGUCCCUUUUGAUGACAACAUUAAUUUCCACAAGAUCAUUGCAUUCGCCAUAGCCGUUGGAAUCGCCGUUCAUGCAGGCAAUCAUCUUGCAUGUGACUUCCCCCUCCUUGUGAACUCAUCUCCAGAAAAAUUUUCACUCAUAUCUUCAGAUUUCCAUAACAAAAGACCCACAUACAAAUCCCUUCUGACCGGAGUCGAAGGCGUAACCGGAAUCUCAAUGGUGGUUUUGAUGGCUAUCUCUUUCACUUUGGCCACUCACCACUUCCGGAGAAACGCAGUCAGGCUUCCUUCACCCUUUAACAGAUUGACAGGCUUCAAUGCGUUUUGGUACUCUCACCACCUCUUUGGUCUGGUCUAUGUUCUGCUUCUCGUCCAUGGAACGUUCUUGUAUUUGACCCAUCGGUGGUACCAGAAAACAACAUGGAUGUAUAUUUCUGUUCCACUGUUGCUGUACAUAGCGGAGCGUACUCUACGCACUCGUAGAUCAGCACAUUAUACAGUAAAAAUUCUGAAGGUGUCAGGACUACCAGGAAAUGUGUUCAGCUUACUCAUGUCCAAGCCUAAUGGAUUUAAGUACAAAAGUGGACAAUACAUAUUUUUACAAUGCCCAAAAGUCUCUCCCUUUGAAUGGCACCCAUUCUCCAUUACCUCUGCCCCAGGAGAUGAGUACCUAAGUGUUCACAUUCGCACAGUGGGAGACUGGACCCAAGAACUUAAGCAUCUUCUCACUAAAGAAGAUGACAAAUUACCUUCAGUUAAUUGUCAGGCAACGUUUGGUGAACUGAUGCAACUGGAUCAAAGAGGACAGCCGAGACUACUUGUUGAUGGCCCUUAUGGAGCUCCAGCACAAGACUACCAGAAUUUUGAUGUACUACUCCUCAUAGGAUUAGGAAUUGGAGCAACUCCUUUCAUCAGCAUUCUCAGAGAUCUUCUCAAUAACACCAGAGCAAUGGAUGAACUAGUGGUGCAGGAGUCAAACACAGAAACAAGUCAAACAACCAGAUCAGACGAGAGCUCCAAUAGCUUUACAUCUUCAAAUGUAACUCCAGGAGGAAAUAAGAGAUCACGAAGGACUACAAAUGCUUAUUUCUACUGGGUCACUAGGGAACCUGGAUCUUUUGAAUGGUUUAAAGGAGUAAUGGAUGAAGUUGCAGAAAUGGACCACAAAGGUCAAAUUGAGCUUCAUAACUAUCUUACAAGCGUUUAUGAAGAGGGGGAUGCGAGAUCAACCUUAAUCACCAUGAUCCAAGCACUGAACCAUGCCAAACAUGGCGUUGACAUCCUAUCAGGAACUCGAGUAAGGACACACUUUGCUAGGCCUAAUUGGAAAGAAGUUUUCACCAAGAUUGCCGCUAAACAUCCGUUUGCUACAGUAGGGGUGUUCUAUUGCGGGAUGCCAGUAUUGGCAAAGGAGCUAAAGAAGCUAUCACUGGAGCUGAGCCACAAGACAACUACACGCUUCGAGUUUCACAAGGAGUACUUUUGAUAUAGGGAAAUGAAAUCUAAACAGCUUUUGCUUAUUAUUCUUUUGUAUUUACUACAAAUUAGACGAUUCAAAAGGGAAAUUAAGAAAUGUGGAGGCCUUGGUAGGAAGGAAGCAAGGUAACAUGUAAUUAUAGUAUUUGAUAUACAAAUACAGUACAGCAAAAAAAAAAAAUCCAAUAACAGAUGAAAGUAUACAUCCAUUUCAAUGUCAGGCAAACACCAUUUACGCAAGUUUUA